CAUUUCAGGUCUAAGACAUGGUGAAGAAAAUGGCAGAAGGAAUUCUUUCUAAUCCUCAUUACUCCACUAACAUGCCUCAUUUCAACAGAACACAGAAGUUUGACAGGUUUCCAAUGACCAGUGUCCAAGAUGAAGACAUUAAUCCCAUCCACAUGGCCCCUGUUCCGUCAUGGCGUGACGAAAUUUCAUCAGCUACAGAUCCAUCUUUAACACUAACACCAGAACGAUCGUCAAAACCAAAGAUUUCAAACAAUCCACAAACUACCAAUCCUCCAGUUGUGACUAAAACGAAAAUGAAACAGAAGCAACGAGUGCGUUUUGAUUUGGAUAAUGAUGACGAUGACCUUCAUUCCAGAGACACCCCUGAUUCCCAAUCAUCCUCAAAUACAAAUUCCCCUUCUAAAUCCACGCCACAGAAAGCUUAUUGUCCUCAAAUGUACAUAAGUAAGCCAGAUCAAAACGUGAAUGAUGAUGAACUCGACAUCACUCAAAUGGAAGAUGAAAUCAUUACUAUUAAUAGAAGAUGUGACUCAGUUGAAACGGCCAAAUCAGAUUAUAGUGAAAAGACAAACUCUCGAUCAAGUUCAGUGGAUUUAAGUUUCACGGAAACUGCUUUGAAAUAUCUCGCUAUCCGAGAGUCGGAGAUCUCGAAAUCUGAAUCUCCAAAUCCACCUCAAAUUGUUGAUUCAGUUCCAUCUCACGUUCAUAAAUGUCAUGCAGUAAAGAACGUUAUUGUGACUCGUGAAUACGAAAACAGAUCAACCCCAAACACUUAUCAGUUUCCAUUUGUGGACACUGCAUCUUCUAGAGAAUCGGAACACGUUUUGGCUCGUCCUGAAUAUAAUACAACUUUAAAAAUCAGCGAAGAACUUAAAGACUUAAAAGCCUCCAAACCCAAAGUUGCUCAAACUUUAAAACAGAAAUUAAAAAGUUCAGAAGAGACAAGAACAGAUAUCAAUGAAAAGGCGUCUGUUAAAGUGAAUCGUAAUGGAGAACUAUUUUCUGGGUUAGUUGGUGUAGAUCCAGACAUCAAUAAACUGUGUCUGGAGGUAGAAAGGGGGAUAACUGGGAAAGUUAAGCCCAAAGUUAAAUCAACUAACAAAGGCAGUACUGCAUCAGGGAAAAAAUCUGAUCCGAAGGCGCCAGAUAUUUUGGAAUUCUACACAGACGAUCGUCAACGUGAAAUACCAGAUUUGUCAUUAACUAACAUCACCAUAGCAACAGAGAGUUUGUCGACUGCGGACCCCAUGACAGCAUUUGAUCUGUAUAGACAUAAUAGAGUGUGGGACACUUUGCAUAAUUAG